AUGACUGUCAACCAACGAACUCACAGCAAUGCUCAUGCGAAUGGUACGGCAUACACAAUGAACGGAGGCACGAGUAAUGGAUCGUUCGCCGAGACGAAGAGCAUCAUUUCACGACCAACGACUGCGGGUACCGACUCGGAAACACCAAUACAAGCAGAUCGCCUGGUAAUAGGUGUCGAUUUCGGGACAACCUACAGUGGCGUUGCCGCAGCAUACAGCGCAACACCGGACGACAUCGACAUCAUCAAGACGUGGCCUGGAGGUAACGGCAUCACGUCCGACAAAGUUCCAACAGAAAUCGCAUACGAGCCCAUACCAACCUCGGAACCGUCGCCAAUAUCACCUCUAGACGGUCCGUCUGAUGCGCUGCCGCAGAAGACGGUGAGAUGGGGCUUCCAAUUCAAGCCGGAAGAGACGAGGUUAAGAUGUAUCAAGCUGUUCCUCGAUCGCAACCAGAAACUCCCGCACUUCGUCUCGCCAUUAGAGACGGCUGCGCAGCUGCGGAAAUGCGAUCGCACUGUGAUGGAUGCGGUCUCGGACUACCUGACCCGGAUAUAUGAGCACACGAUGGAGACAUUGAACAGGAGGUAUGGCGAGAGCUUUGUUUCGUCCACGAAGGUGGAGUUCGUCUUGACGGUGCCGGCAGUAUGGUCUGAUGCUGCGAAGAACGCUACAUUGCAAGGGGCAGAAAGAGCAGGCAUGGGUAAUAGGCAUGAGCUGAAACUUAUCAGUGAGCCAGAGGCGGCUGCGGUGUACACCCUGAAGACUAUCCAGCCCAAUGGACUGAAGCUGGGAGAUAACUACAUCGUCUGCGACGCAGGAGGUGGGACGGUCGAUCUGAUCGCAUACCAAGUCACCGGUCUAUAUCCUCUACGAGUGGAAGAGAGCGCAGUAGGCACUGGAGGGCUCUGUGGCUCCGCUUUCCUGAAUUACAGGUUCGAGGACCAUGUCAAGAUGCGGAUAGGUGAUGAGCGAUACAACAAUAUGCGAGAGAAGAAGCCCAAGACUUGGCAAAUGGGUCUGCGAUACUUCGAGGAGUUCGUAAAGCGCAACUUCAACGAGGAAGAGCACAGUGAGGUCAACGUGCCGUUUCCUGGUUUACCGGAUGAUGAGGAGGCGGGUUUGGACAGUGGGUUUCUGAUCAUGAGUGCGGCGCAAGUGAAAGAGAUCUUCGAGCCGGUCAUAAGACAGGUCGUUGAGCUCGUGGAGGGACAAGUCGAGGCGAUCAAGGCCAAGAAUGGUAUCGUAUCAGGCAUCAUCUUGGUCGGAGGGUUCGGCCAGUCGAACUACCUUUACACCCGUCUAAAACAGCACUUCAAUGCAGCACCGCCGCCACCAUAUACUGAAACUCCUACGCACGCCACGGCGAACGCCAAACAGCAGAAUGUAGAGGUACUGCAGCCGCUCCAUGCUUGGACGGCUGUCGUGCGAGGGGCGGUCUUGAGAGGUAUCGAAGGCGAUAUGGUAGAGAAGAGACGGAGUCGAUGGCAUUAUGGGACGAGCUAUGCAACAGUGUACGAUGAGAAGAAGCAUCCAAUCGAAGACCGAUAUUGGAGUCCGUUGUGGGAGAGGUGGAUGGUUAGUGAUCGAAUGCAGUGGCAUAUCGCUAAGGGCACUCCCAUCUCAGCCGACCAACCAGUCUCCUUCCACUACACUCGCAACUUCCGACCCGGCCAAUCUCUGGUGAUCGAGGACGAGCUGAUAGCGUGUGAAGGCGAUACGGCACCUGAUGCUUUUGGCAAAGAUCUGUUCAAAGUCUGCACGCUUACGACAGAUAUCAACUCCGUGCCCAAGAGCCUCUUCACCCGCCUUACAACCACCAAGGGGCUGGAAUUCGAUAACUUGGACUUCGAACUGCAUAUGAAGAUCGAGAGUGCGAAUCUGGUCUUUGAGCUUAGGGUGGAUGGUGUGCAAUAUGGAAGCGUCCAGGCGGACUUUAAUUAG